CCCGUCAGUUUUCAGCCCCGUAGGAGUCCUGGGAGGAUUUAAUUAUCUGUCAUUGAAUACAGCAGAGCGACACAGGAGGACAAACUGCUCAGAUCCUGCAGAGACGAGAGGAAGAGGAGAGAAGAGAGAGGAGGUCAGCCAGACAUCAUGAGUGACCGAUUCGACUGCAAGAACUGCGAUGAGUCCCUCUACGGACGCAAGUACAUCCAGGUGGAGGACAAUCCUCACUGCAUCCCCUGCUACGACCGCUUGUAUGCCAACACGUGCCAGCAAUGUAAAGAAGUUAUAGGACACAAUGCCAAGGAGCUCUUUUACGAGGACAGACACUACCACGAGCACUGCUUCCGCUGUUUCCGCUGCGAGCGCUCUCUGGCAGACGAACCCUUCACCAACCAGGGCGAAGGUCUGGUGUGCAGCGACUGCUACUGCAAUGAAUUUUCUUCCAAGUGUGUGGCCUGCGACAAGAUAGUUAUGCCAGGAUCGAGGAUGUUGGAGUACGGCGGGUCCACGUGGCACGAGGACUGUUUCAUGUGUCACGGCUGCGAGAAGCCGAUCGGUGCUGAGGCCUUCAUCCCAGACAAAAACAACUACUACUGCGUGCCAUGCUACGAGGGCAGGGUUGCUCCUCAGUGUAGCCACUGCAAAAAGGCUCUGACUAAAGGUGGGGUGACCUACAAGGACGAGGUGUGGCACAAGGAGUGUUUUCUCUGCACGGGCUGCAAAGCUCCGCUGGCCGGCCAACCUUUCACCUCGGAGGGCGGAUGCCCGUACUGCGUCAAGUGCUUCAGCAGCCUCUAUGCGAAAAAAUGUGCCGGCUGUAACACGGCCAUCACAGGUUUUGGAGAUGGAAAGUAUGUUUCUUUCGAGGACCGGCAGUGGCACCAGCCAUGCUUCAAGUGCUCACGUUGCUCCGUGUCGCUGGUGGGCUCCGGCUUCUUCCCCGACCGCGACCAGAUCCUGUGUACAGACUGCAACAACGACGAGUGACCGGCACUAACUUACACCUGAAAACACCUGCACCCGACGCAGCAGAAACCAAAAACUUCUAAACCUC